GCCGAACCCUCGUCUUGUGAAGAUCUGUGUGCCGUAGAACGCGAAGCCACCGAGCAUCUGUCAAAUUUCACAUAUAAACCAAAAUGGCUACCAUCACGAGGCUCGCAAUCAUCAAAUUCUUGGAACUGUUAAUAGUAUGCAUCCUAAUAGGAUUGCAUUACCACUCUUUCAAUAUUGGUACUCAACACACCGCGAUGAUCACCAUGGGUACCUUCGGCGGAUAUUUAAUUAUUCUCGUGGGAUUAUUCGCUGGUAGUAUAAUGGGAACGCCAGUCAAUCGUCGUGUGGAUCUCUUCUUUGCCCUGGUCGGUUGCGCUCUGUUCAUUGUUGCCGGUGCCCUGAACAUUGACCAGUUCUCGAAUUUGACUCGCAAGGACUCCUUCCGCGACACAGGCCUCGCUAAAGGAUCUAUCAGCAUCAUCGAAGGAGUACUCCUCCUCGUGGACGCGUUUCUAACGUUCCGAGGGGAGGCUUAAAAGCUUGACACCACUAACCCAGGGACCGCGCACAAUUGUCAACCAUUUUGUACAGUAACCAGUUACACGUUUCGUGACGCGAAACUGUCGAAAUUUUCACCGAAACGAAAGAAACAUACUGCCAAAGAUCAAAUAAAGAAUCUUCAUCGAACGUUUUUUUUUUUAAUGAAGUAUCAGUGUGAAGUGUGCGCGACUGAUAUUCGUUAAUCGAUUCAUACACGUUGACGCCAUUACAGAGACGCGGGAAAUCACGAAAAAAAACACAGUACAAAUAU